AUGCAAGACGCGGCGACUUCCUCGCCGUCCUCGCGAGUCGGCGUGCCCGCGACGCCGGGCGAAGAAAGCGCAGGCGAAGAAGAGCGAGAGCGGCGUGGGGGGGAUCAGGAAGAGACAGUGAGAGAGGAAGAGAGCGAUGGAGAAGAGGAGAGAGGACAGAGAACCGGAAAAGAAGCGAGGCAGGCAUGCGGACAGAGGCGGGCGACAGGUGAUAACGCGGAUGGCGACGAGAAAGGGGAGAGAAGCGGCGAGGUGGAGAGGAGACGUGAAGAAGGUGCGGCAGACGCGAGAGGCAACCUCGAACAUGCGCACCUGGCCGAAUUCGCGAGAGGCAAUGUGUUCCGGCGACAGCACAGUGGGCGAUCGAAGGAAAAGAUCCGGCGGGAAAUCAGAGCCUACGGAAGUCUAGAGCUUCACACGGAGAUCCACACGCCUGAGGAAGGCGCUGUGCUUGCAGGAUUGCAGUCGCGACAGGGAGAUGAAGUAGAAUUACCAUACGGCGCGGUGAGGCGCGCAGCCUCGUGCCCGGUUCCUCUCGAGGAUACCUGUUACGCGUCUCUUUUGGAUGAAACUCCAGAGGAAGUUUCUUCAAGUGAGGAAGAAGGCCAAAAUCAGAGAGGCGAAGAGCGUAAGGACGACGUGCAAGCCCGACGGAAGCGACAGAGGCUAUGUCGUGAAGACAACGAGGGUCAACGGGAGGAGACGGAGAGGAAAGGGGGAGACACGGAACAAGACGGAGACGGUUCUUCAGGAGGUGAGGGCGGCGGCGAAGAAGGAGAGGAAGCAGGAGAGUAUGGAGAAGAAGGCGAACAGAUAUGGGAUUUUUGGGGGGGCGAGGGACCGUCAGAAGAAGAUCUUCACCUUCUUGAACUUCUCGUCGGGGAAGGGAUCCGGAAGCCCAAGCGAGAAAGAAAGAAGAGGAGGAAACCGCGAGAGAAAGAUGAGAGAGACGGGGCAGUAUCUCUCGAGCUGAGAGAGGAAAGUACGACGGAAGAAGACCAGCAACGAAAGUCGACAUCCUCCGGCAGGCCUCUCUCUUCGGCAUAUGCGUCGGACGAACUCGACCACCUUCUCGCUCGCGCGGCAGCCGGCGAAAUACAAGAUGAAGUGUUCGUCAUAAAAAAGAAAACUCUUGUGCUUUCCUUCGUCCGCGCAUACUUCCCUACCCGUGCCUACCUCCCUCUCUCUACAAACGCAUGCAACGUAAUCCAGAUCGCUCCUACGCUUUCCGCCGCCGCGACUUCGGUCCCGCCGUCCUCGCUCACGGCGCAUGCGCCGUCCUCUCCCCUCGCUGGGCCUUCUUCCGCCCAGGCUUUCAAGCCGGCGACGGUCUCCCGAGUCUUUUGCGGUCGCUCGCACUCCGCUGCGCUGACUGAGGACGGCUGCGUCUUGUUGUGGGGAAACAACGCUGCUGGUCAGCUCGGCCGAGGCGGCUUCGCGGGCGACGAAGAGGAAGCGGGGGGCGGCUCCAGCGGCCUCCGCCCACCCGGUCUGUCGGCGAGGCCGGAGCGGCGGGCACGGUUCGAGCCGCCUCCGCACUACUCUCGAAGAACCCCUCGGCAACACGGCAGAGACAAAGAAACCGACAGCCAUGAAGAGGCACGCGUCGGGCGGGGAACGGAGUCCACGACGGCAGACGGUUCGCAGUUGCGAGACGACCACUCUGCUCUCUCGGUCUCCUCUUUGUGGUCUCCUGCGGGCUCGGCUGCGACACGGUCGGCCUCCUCCGCCUCGUCUGCCGUCUCGUCGCCGGCCAGCCGAACGUCUUCAUCCCCGGCAGCGCCUCGCAGAGGCUUCAUGGGGAGGGAGAAUGGACGGUGGGAAGAGCCGCGAGGGGGGGGGGCCGAGGCAGGAAAAGCACGGGACCGAUUGCUCGCGUCCUCGCUCUCGUUCGCCAGUUCCUCGACGCUGUCGUCUCUGCGGGGUGCGAACCGCAAUCCAUCCCCUUCUAAAGGCGAGGCCGGUCAGCAGGAAGCAGGGAGAGAGCACGAAGGAGAAGAGCCAGGAGCGAAAGAGAGAGAAGACAAAGAGCAAGGUCCCCGAGACCGCACUGGAGCUUAUCCUGAGCGGGUCAGAGGGAGGGCGAUCAAACCCGCUUCUUCUCAGCCUCACUCAACCGUACCAAAGACAGAAGAGAAGGACGAAAGGAUCGAAGAAGAGCGCCCAAACAUCGCGGGCCUCGCGGGGAAGGAACGGACGGGAGUGGCGCGUGGCUUACCAGAUCCGGCUUCUCCAGAACCCCUCAACUCGGCGGGUGACGGCGCGCAGUGCAGUCCCUCGAGGGACAGCUUCGAAGAUGUGAAUCCGAGUCCCGGCCCGGCCGCGUGUCGUCAGGAUUUCUCUCCUCGCCUUCGUCGCUCUUCCUCGUGCCCGCGGCUAUCUGCUGCUGGGCUGCCGGACGCGGCUCUCGAGUUCGGUCAGACUUCUGUUCCUUCGCCCUCGUCGGCCGCGUGUGGUCCUCUCGCUUCGUCUUCUGGUCAGGCCAGCGCCGGCCGUCGCCGUCCUCCCUGGUACAAACGGCUUUUCGGGAAGUGCGACACGUCUUCGCCGCCUGUUUCGAGAGAGACGGGAGAACGAGGACGCGAAAGAGAGAACGACGGAGACGUCCCUCGCUGGCGAAUGCAGUCAACUCCGCCUUCUGUCGCGGACGCAUCUCCGGCGUCGUCCGCGAGCCGCGGCGUCCGUCAAGUCCUUGACUUCUUCACAGGAAGAGGGAGAGGACGCAACGCUUCGCAGAGACGGUCUUCUUCGACUCCUGUUGCUUCUGGGCAGAUCUGGGAGGGUGGGCCGGCGACUCCACAGAUGCUGGCGAGCCGAGCGUUGACUGAGGCCAGUCUGAGACGCUCGGCGAAGAGGGGAAAACCCUCGCCUCCCGGAAGAGACUUCGAGUGGAAGCCUGUGCUCGUGCGGGAAUUUGGAACUGUCUACCGCGUCAUCGAUGUUGCCCUUGGAGGCGAACACAGCAUGUUUCUGUGUCAGGAUGGAUCGCUCUGGCUCUGCGGCAGCAACCUCGACGGCCAGCUCGGCCUCCUCGCGAAGAGGACACGUCAACCGAUCACGUUUGCAGGGCGGCCGCGACGCAUGCCGCUAGGCGACGCGUUCGACUGGCCAGAGUACCGACGAAUUGCGUCUCCCGUCGCGUUUAUCGCAGCUGGAUACAAGCACUCCGCAUUAAUCGACGCGAAAGACCGCCUGUGGAUGUGGGGCAACAAUCGGUUCGGUCAGUGCGGGAUGGAUCCUGGGACUACAGCCAGCGUCGUGAUGCUCCCGUGGCGCGUGCGCUUUCCGCAAAAAGGCAUCUCCGUUGUUCAAAUUGCUCUGGGAAAGUAUCAUAGUUUGUGUCUGACGGAGGACGGUCAAGUCUUCGUGUGGGGACGAGGCCGCUUCGGCGUCUUGGGCGCAGGCCUCCCGAAGCAAACGAUCAAACGCAGCUGGCUCUUCGCUCGACGGCAGUCGUUGGAGCCUCUAUUCGUCUGUACGCCCCAGCCGCUGCGCGCUCUCUGCAGCGUGCACGUGACGCGCAUCGCUUCGGGCGACUCUCACUGCGCCGCUGUGGGCGUCGCGCGUUUGUCGCGAAAUGCGUACGCAGAAGUCGCUUUGCUCCAGCUGCAAGAACAAGGCGCCGCGUAUCGGGACUACGUGCUCGGGGAAAUGAAGAAGCGGUCGGCGCAGUACAUCGCGUCGUCUUCUCUCGGGCACUUGGCAGGUCGGGCGUUUCUCCUUGGCGCCUCUCCAGCGAUCUACGGAUCGGAGCCGCGUCUCUCGCUUCCCUUUCGCUCGCGGCCUGUCGACGGCUUCUUCUUCUCGUCGCGAGGGCGGCGGCAACCGAACCCGACGCGAGGAGACACCGGCCCCACAGGCAGUGGGGUGAGUCUUGCGACGCGACGGACGGGAGACAGACGGCGCGGCGGAGAGCCUGGCAGAGACGAGGCGGCCUGGCCUCAGCUCGGCGGGUCUUCGUCGGCUCAUCUUCCCCCGAGGACUCGCGCCGCUCUGUACACCCCCCGUGGGCGCCGCCGCUCACUGCUCAUGUUGAUGAGUCCUGCGCAACGGUACCGGGCCAGGCUGUUCCACGAAACAAAACGCGACAGCUGGAGCCGCGGCGGGACGGAAACCGACGACGAACUGCGUCUCUCGGAUUUGGAACGAAGACGGCGCUGGGGGUUUCCGGAAGGCGUCGGCGAGCCGUAUGGGACUGAGCGCGGCAGUGCUGCGCACCGAGGCGGCGACCAGCUAUUUUUGUGGGGAAAAGGGACAGAGGGAGAACUGGGAUGCAACACUCUGAGGAACCAGUACAGCCCCGUUGAGCUGCCUUUCGUUCUUUCUUCUUCGCGGCCGUGUUACAUUCAAGUGCACGAGGUGGCUCUGGGCGGGGACUUCACGCUCACUGUAGCGGCUUCGUAUUCGACGUCUUUCAUGAUUCGCGACCCUGUUCCUUCUCCGAGUCCUCGAGAAGGCGCAGCAGCAACUCGGACACUGCUCGAUAUCUACCGGGGGAAACCGUCAGUCUUCUCUGCGCCCUUCCCUUCUGGUGGGGCCGUGCAUGCGCGGAGACAAUCGUUUGUCUCCUGGAGCACGGACACAGAGUCUAGGCUGGCGUCUCCGAAAAGCCCGGCGUCUCCUUCCAGCGGGUCGCUCCACAGCGCCGUGUCCCCCUCGCCCGGGCACGCCGUGCUCGCCUCGCCUCCCCCAGAAGACACAGCUCGCCGGCUAGCUGAAAGCCGCUCGCUGGACUGGGGAGGAAGUGGACGUUUCGCCGGACAAUGGGGAACGAUUCCCGAGGGUGCCGGGAGCGAAGAAGACGAGAACGAAGGGACGAAGCGCACGGACGAGAGCGAACGGAAAGCAGGGGAAAGUAAAGAGGCCCCGUUAUGGGUUGGGAGCAGCGAGUCCGGUCUGACGCAGAAGACCAAUUCAGGUGCCCAGGAAGCAAGCGUGCCCACCGCAGACAUCGCUUCGAGUCGGACUGGAUGUGCUGCUGGGUCUGGUGCGUCGCGGGCGGAGGUGGCCCUGGGCGACGAGGCUAGAGUCGAGCUGGGGGGAGAUGGGGCGGGUGGAGCAGGCGCGGCGGGAAAAGAAGAGCCUGCGAAGGUGCUCUGUCACGGGCGAAGAGAAGAGAGGGAGAACUCUGAACAAAGCCCGGGUGAAGGCGAGGGAGAUACCUCGCAUAGAACCGACACCCUCGCGGCCACUGAGGCCUGCCAAAUGAAAGAAGAGAAGAGCAACCCAGACGCGGAGGCCCCUGGCUUCGGCCGGGGCGGUGUAUGUCCAAGUGCGCCGACGCGAAGGCGGCCUCAGGCGUCUCCUGGUAACUCCGACGGCGAAGAAGACACCGCUUGGAAGUGGGAAGGAGACAAGCGAGACGAAGCCGGUGAUGCAUCGCUUCGUCGGGAUGCUGAACAGGCUUCUCCCAAGCAGGCGCCCGAGUCUCUCCCCGUUCUCUCUGUUGCACCGCCGCCUAGCGAAGAUCCGCCGCUGCCCAAGUCGCUCUGCGAGUUUCCCCCCAGACACACAGAUCGCGACAGAUACCUUUCCUCGUCAUCGCUUUCCCCGGCCUCGCCGUCCUCAAAGUCUGCUUCUUCGUCCCCUUACCUCACACCCGGUUCUCCCGCCACCUCACAAAGGGGCUCUGUCUUCCAGCUGGUCCCCAGUAUCGGUGGGCGGUCGUCCGUCCCGUUCCUCUGCGUCUCAUCUUUCUACUCGCCCUCUGACCGCUUCCUCUUCAGUCCGUCGCAGGCCGCAGCGACUAGUGUCUGGCGGCCCCUCGCUGACUCUAAGCGAGCGAGCACGUGGUCCCGUGGAUCAGUUGUGUCUUCUGGAGGCAGCGCCGGCGGGGGAGAUGCGUUCCUCUCUGCUAUCGCCCGUGCGGUCGACCCCCACUUGCCUCUCCAGCUGUAUGUGUGGGGUUCGAACCGAGGCAACCAGUUGCCCCUCGAGCCUGAAGAGCCUCAGCCGACUUUCCUGGUGCCCCACAGAGUCAAUCUCUUGUCUCUUGUGGAUGCGACCAUUCUCGCGCGGCGCACACCGUCCCUCUGUCUCCGAUCCUCGGGGCGAGGCGCUGCGGGCCGCGACCGUAGAGCGGCCCCGCGGGUCGUCCCCAGAGAGAUCGGCGCCGGGCACCUGCGGGCAGCGGGGAAGAGUGUGGGGUCUGACAAGGUGCACGAGACGAGGGAAACCGACAGAGCCCGGGAAGACGCGCCUGUCGGGGCCGUGGGAACAGAGGGAAGGGAGGGCGAAACGAGACGGCAGGCGCCUGCUGAGCACGCGCAGAGCGAUACUCUUGAUAGACCAGCUGGAGCACGUGACUCCUCGGGGCCGGUGGAGACUGCGCCUUUGGAGGGAAGGAGACAAAGGGAGACAGGACUCGGAGGGACUCGAAGUCCGAACAGAACCUGCCUACAGGGCGAGGAAGCAGCGGAGGGAAGGCGUGAGACAGCAAGCUCUCGAGCGGGGGAAGCAGAAAGAAGACAGAGUGAACAGGCAGACGGUGACACACAGUUGCGUAACGAAGGCGACCAGCGGGAAGAUAAGCCAAGAGAAGAGCGAGAUCAUCCAAUCCUGCACGACACGACGAGGAGAGGUGGACGAGCAGAGCCAGGGACAGGUGCGGAGGACGCACAAAGUGUCAGGAGCAACAGCGUAAGUCGAGAACGCAAGAACGGGGGAGGCAAAGGGGAGGUGGCUGACCCGACGGAGAAGGGGAGAGCGACAAGUCAGUCAAAUGAGAUGGCACAGGCAUUUGAAGAGCGUUCGCGGCUUCGCGAGGCUCACCCGAGCGAGCGGACGUUUCGAGCACGAGAGACUGUAUCCUCGAGUUCGGAUGACGAAAACUUGUUUUCGUCAGCAGAGAAGCCGGCACCAGUUUCACCUGGAAACAGGAAGGACGUGAGCGCACUAGAGUCUCCCCGCACUCGUUGCCCCCAUUCUGUGUCUCCUUCGUCAUCAAGAGACCACGGGCUGGAGAAGCAGUCGGUUCCUCGACCCGGCGCGCAGGAAGCCCUUUUGAGGAUUCUGAACGCACUGGACGCCGGCCGCUCUGAAGGAAACAAGAGCCCAGUCGAGACCGACAAAACGAACGCCAGCAACCUUUGUUCCUGCCCAGCGCCCUGCCCCGAACACGGUACCUGUACACUGCUGCGUGGGGACCCACAGGGUUCCACUGGCUAUGAUUGCUGUUCUCGUAUUGAACAGCGAGACAGGGCCAUCAAACUCCGCACGGCAGCGAGUGCGGCUCUGGCGUACAAACUCUCUUCAGCUCGCCGAAGCUGUCGAGGGAGCGGCACGCCCGAUCUCUUGUGGGCGCUGCCUAGUUUGGCUGGACGGCACUCCAGUGGCGGGGCAGUUGGGAUCGGCGGCGAGGCGAAGACCAUGGCACGUCGCAGGAAAAUCUACGUCGCUGGCGGGGGGGUGUGGCGGGCCAUCUGUUCCGUGAAAAUCAAAAGCGUUGCUGCCGGUCAGGAACACUCUCUGAUUGUUGUCGAGGUCGAGUAUCUGGAGGCACACAAGACAGCGGUUAACGACGUGAGCGGUUCUCCACAGGCACCUCGAGUUCAGGACGCUCCCUCCGGUUUUCAGAACGCUUGA